AAUCUUGUUAGCUCGUUAGGUAACGGAGUGGUGGCUUGAAACACCGCAUGUCAAGACUAAGAUCACAAUUAUCAUUUCCCAGAUUCUCCUCACAAAGUAGAGGACUUCUCUGGAGUGACCCAUCAUAGUGUGGUAUAAACCUUGGAGUCAUCGGAGGCUUUAAUGUCAUAAGAUUUUGCUCAUGAGCAAGGUGGUCCGCACUGCUGGAGCCUGAGUCUGUCGCAGUCUCAUUAAGCGACCAGGAGUAUUGUGAUGAAAAGAUAGUCCAGCGCAAGUAACCCACAUCAUUUGAUCAGAUUUCUCAGACAGAACGUUAUCGCGAAAUUAUAACCCCUGGGUGGAGAAGAGUCCCAUUGGAGUCACGUUAUCAGACGACAUCUUCAGAUCAAAAGUCAGACCCUGUGGUCGAGUUCAAAAAUCUCGCUCGUAGAGAUGCCUUUGAACGAAUGGACUCUGAAUUGAAGAUUUUACUUGAAACAGCACCAGAAGACAAGAAGGAGGAAGCAUUGAAGAAUAUGAAAGGCUUCAAAGAGUUGUUUGGCAGGUAUCUUGAGGAAGAAGGUCCAUCAGUACUCUGGGACAAAAUCAAACCUCCUCCCGAAGGAUCUAUUGUCAUGUAUGAUGCAAUACCAGAGGUUCCAGCAAGCACUUUUAAGGAAGUCCUCAAUAAACUUGUGGUGAUCAAGCUUAAUGGAGGUUUGGGUACAAGUAUGGGAUGUACUGGACCCAAAAGUCUUAUCUCGUUACGUCGGGAUUUAACCUUCCUUGACAUGAAUGUUCAGCAAAUUGAGCAUUUAAACAACAAGUAUGGCUGCUCUGUUCCACUUGUCCUUAUGAAUUCUUUCAACACACACGAAGAGACUCAGAAGACCUUGAGGAAGUACAAAGCAAAUAACGUUCAAAUUCACUGCUUUAAUCAGAGCCAACAUCCCCGCAUUGUAAAGGAGUCUCUGCUCCCCUUACCUAGACUCAUAGGAGCUCAGAAAAAUGAGUCAAAUAUUGAAUGCUGGUACCCUCCAGGUCAUGGCGAUAUUUAUGGCUCAUUCUACAACUCUGGUCUUGUCCAAAAAUUCAUUGAUGAUGGCAAAGAGUAUAUAUUUGUGUCAAAUAUUGACAACUUAGGAGCCACUGUAGAUGUAAAUAUUUUAAAUUACAUGUUAAAUCCUUCGCGAUCACCAGCUCCUGAGUUUGUCAUGGAAGUCACUGAUAAAACACGGGCUGAUGUAAAGGGAGGAACCCUCAUAGAAUAUGAAGGAAAACAAAGACUUUUAGAAAUUGCACAAGUUCCUAAAGAACAUGUUGAUGAGUUCAAAUCAGUUAACAAAUUCAGAAUUUUCAACACCAACAACUUGUGGAUGAAGUUGACUGCAAUUAAGAGGCUUGUUGAGGAAGACAAGAUGCACAUGGAAGUUAUUAUCAACAACAAGACCCUUGAUAAUGGAAUGCGUAUCAUUCAAUUGGAGACAGCUGUGGGUGCUGCUAUGAAAAACUUUGAAGGAGCUCAUGGUAUAAAUGUACCACGUAGACGUUUCCUCCCAGUCAAGACUUGUUCAGAUCUACUGCUGGUGAUGUCGAACCUGUAUGACAUGAAGCACGGUCGACUCGAGAUGAGUCCGCUGAGACAGUUUCCGUCUGUGCCCAUAGUGCAGCUCAGUGGUGGUUAUUUUAAAAAGGUGAAGGAUUUCUUGAAUCGUUUUGAGACCAUUCCAGAUUUAAUUGAACUGGAUCAUUUGACAGUGUCUGGUGACGUCACGUUUGGCAAAGGAGUAUCUUUGAAGGGAACAGUGAUAAUCAUAGCCAAUCAUGGGGAAAGGAUUGAUAUUCCUUCAGGUUCACUUUUAGAAAACAAGAUUGUUUCUGGAAAUCUGAGAAUUUUACAGCAUUAACAAACAGGAAAAAAGCUUAUUACGUAUUUUAUCAGUUACCGAUAAUGUUGACUGUGAUUUUUCUCGUGAUAUUAAUCGUAAAAAAUAUUUAGCCUGUGUUUAACUGUCAGUUGGAGUAAACGAGCGAGAAAAUGAGCGCGCGAAAAAUGGCCAGCAAGCUGAUGCGACGGUGGUGUUGUCAGGGAAACGACUGUGUUGCAGUUUUUUCGCGCGCCCUAUUUUUCGCUCGUCUCCAAUGAGCCUGGGAUAGACUGAAAAAUAUUUCGUCUGACUCGUGACGCUACAGGUGCGAUUGCGUGAUGCCGUGUUAGGAGUAACGUUUUCUGCACUGUGUUAUGAAGUGUCGUUUGUAAUUGUUAGUCAGUGUCUAGUUCACGUAAUAAUGGGUAAAUAUUGAUUGUAGCAGUUUAUUUAAGGUUUCUAGCAACUGUUGUAAAACAACAUAUGACCAAAAUAUCGAGUGCAUUGACGUUUUCAACAUUACCUUUAAAUAUCCUUUCAAGGCGGGUUAUGAUACGGAGUAACACUAGUUAUUACAGUGAUCAGGGCAAUCAUAGUUGCUUCAUUUAGGUACCUUCAACACUUGCUAGUUUGCAUGCCUAGCGGUGAUCUGCUCUAAUUUUUUCCACCUUUUCCAAACAGCGACAAGAUUCAGAACAAGAUCACGAACAACAUUCUUGUUUCUUUUUUUACCUCGAUAUCAAGUCAAGCUCGUUAGUUUUGACCCUUAAAAACCAUGACACAAGGAGAGGACAAAAUUUGCUUUUUGAGGAAAAAUUAUUACUUAAACUGUAACUGUUGCAUGAAGCCCAUUCCCUCUCAUUUCACCUCAUGUCCUCAAUACAUUUAGAGAAUGAGGCAGAAUUUGGCAAGAAUUUCACCCUUUCUGUACGUAUCUCCAGUCGACAACUUUCUCUCGAUUAAAGCUUACAUCGGCAAAAUCUUGGGACCUUGAAUGUACAUGGAAAUCACAUAAAUUGUGAACAAAUUUCCUACAAAUGGUAGUAGUGAUAAUAUAUUUAAGCACACUACUUUAUUUCUCUGCUUUUGAGAAGAUGGAGGCAAGUACUUAGCUCGGAAUUUGGGAAUACAAUAAAGUUUAUAAGUUCAUGUA